AUGAUUAUCGUUAACGUGGUUGUAAUGUUCCAGUUAAGGAAAUUGUUUAAAGCUACUAAUUCAGAAGUAUGCACAAUGCUCGUACCUAUUAAAGACGCACUUAAGACGAUAUUUCCGGAGGCCUCUAACGAGGAAAUCCAAAUUUAUGAGACCCAAAUCGUUCAGGCAGAUGAAUUUGAUCCA